GUGCCUCAGUGGCAGCUUGGCAGUGGCAGAAUCAGGGUUGGGUUUCGGCUGGUCCGGAGAUGGGAGACAGUGCCGUAGCGGAGGUGACUGGCGAGGUGGUAAUGGAGCAGGCCAGCUCAACACAGACUGUUACGAAGCGCUCGGUAACGAGUAUCCAGACGACGCACAUACAGUCCUCACACGAGUCUUCGGUCCGCGUGGAGUCUGUGGUACAAGGGGGCACCGCAGAGCAGACCGUCGCUGUGAAGUCUGUGGUGCAGGAAGGCAGCGCGGGGCAGUCCCUUGCCGUGGAGUCCAGCCACGUCGAGGUCGUCACAGACAUUCCGAAGGAGGAGGCACCACCGGUAGAAGAAUCACAGCCGGAACCCGAACCUCAGCCGGCUGAGCCUCAGCCAGUCGAUGAAAAUGCCAACGCCAUCCCGGAGGAACAGGAGGCCCAGCCAGAACAGGAACAAGCUAAAGAACAAGCCCCAGAAGAGCACAAAGAGCCAGCCGAGGAGCAGGAACCAGUGCCGGCCGCUGCUAACGACGUUCCAGCAGAAGCAGAAUCGGCGCCGGCGGAAGAACCGGCUGCCGAAGCCGGUGCCGACGCGGAAAUCAGCCAGGAGAACAUCAAGUCCCAGCUGCACGAAAUCAUCAGCGAGAUCGAGGAGCAGGUCCUGCCCGAGCAUGAGGAGGUACACACAGAUGAGGUCGUAGAGAGUCAACAAGUAGAUGUCGAAGUAACUCCUGCCGAGGAGACUCCGCCGGUGGAGGAGGCGCCCGCGUCUGAGGAGGCUGUUGAGGCUCCGGUACAGGAGGCCGAGGAGGUCGUCGAGGCUCCAGCGCCCGAGGCCCCGGCGCAGGAGGCUGUCGAAGCCCCGGCGCAGGAGGCUGUCGAAGCCCCUGCGCAGGAGGUCGAGGAGGCACCUGUGCAGGAGGUAGAGGAGGCCCCUGCGCAGGAGGUCGAGGAGGCCCCGACACAGGAGGUCGAGGCGGUUGCUGAGGCCCCUGCACAGGAGGUCGCGGAGGUUCCGGCACCAGAGGUCGAGCCAGUGGAGGAAGAGGAAGGCGUCUUGCACCAUACUUGGAAGCCCAAAGGGAAGUAUGACCUCCAGAAGACAGCCAUUAUGUACGAGGACGUGGUUCCCAUCUCCGUGCCUGAAGUCUCGCUGAAGGAGCCCGAACCGAAGCCAGUGCCCCAGCCGCAGCCGCAGCAGAUCCCGGAGCAGCAGCAGAUGCCGCGGGUAAUGCAGGAACCCAUGCACAACGGCGACAUGUCUCCGCAGGUCAUUUCGCCCCUUGAAAUCCCCGAGGGCAUUCCUCUCCUGGCCCGCAUCCUGCCCAAGGUCGAUGGCGAUGGAGACAAGAAGAUCAGCUUGGAGCGCCUCUUCACGCCCGCCACAGACUCCGGCGACCUCACGCCCAAGAAGGCUGCUUCACGAAAGAUGUAUUCGUCGUCGGCCUUCUACCGGCCCGACCACCCGACCAUCGACGACCAGGUGGAGCUGGCGCAGCGCAUCUCCUUCUCGCUGGUCGACGAUAAUAACAAGAUGAGCCGUGGACAAUCUAUGUACCUCAAGCGGAAGAACAGGUCUAUGCGCUGGAUCCAUCAAGGGGGCGAAAUGCAAGAAAUGAUUACAGGUUCUGGGGCAGGCGGUGAGAUGCCGGAGGAGGAGAUGCAGCGACCUUUGGAGAAACCCCCCAUGAAGUUGCUCAUGAACCCCAAGGGCGUGCAGGACUUCCAGGCCGUGCAAGAACACUACGAGAACCUUAUGAACGCCCCAACCAGUCCCGAUGUCGGCAAGCUCGUCAUCCAGAAUCCUGUUAUUAGCGCGAGUCCUUCUGGGAAAGGUGCCGAGCUGUUCGCCAAGCGAAAGAAGCGAAUGGACAAAUUCAUCGUUGACGAGACGACGGUGCAGAAGGCGCAGCAGCAGACGACGUCCGUUCAGCAGACCUCCACUUUCAGUUCGAGCUUCAGCAGCAGCAGCAAAAGCGUCAGCAGCAGCAGCAGCAGCUUCAGCAGCAUGAAACAGGCGGAGAUGGAGAGGAACCGACAGCAGGAGCAGAUAAUGUUCGCCGCCCCGCCCAUGGGAGGAGCGCCCACCGCACCCGCGGCCGCCCCUGCCUCAGGCACAGGCGCCAUCUACACCGCCGAGGUGAAGGUUGUUCAACGGGCGUCCCUUCCACCUACACCAGUUGACAUCCCACAACACUCGCUGCUGGAGCUCGUCUCGCAGGACUCGAACGUCGACAAGCGCCGCUCCUUGAACUUCAACCUGGCGGCCAAGGGCUUCGGCACCUACAAUAACUUCUAUACGCCUGUCACCUUCGCUACUUAGAUAAGAAUCUGCGUCAGCGGUUUCUCGAGUUGCAGAAAGGAAGUGAACGUCAUUCGGGUCUCAAACCUUUUGGAGGGAGCUUGUCAGAAGGAGCGGGGUUUCCCAUCGAACGAAAGUCUUUGUUGUAUAGUGGAUCAUUCAUUGCUCUUUAUUUGUGUUAAGGAUUUCAAUGUUUAUCCAAUUUGUUUAUCGGCCUUUUGGCAAAGGCAUGGCACAUUUGUGAAUUUGCUGUCGAGAAGAUCUUGUUAUAUUUAGGGUGAGUGAAGCUAUUCAUAAAAUUUCAUUAAGUAAUUAUGGUUAGUUAUCCUCUCUGUUGAUUAUUUUUCCUCUUCACUGUAUAGUUCACACAUAAUUUGUCUACAUUGGAAAUAUUAUCAUUUGUAGUUUACUGUGAACGUGUAAUAUUGUCCUUUUGUGAUAAGUUCAUUCUCCAAGAUUUUGUCUCCUUUAAAGAGAUGAGAUAAAAUGAGAUUUAGGUAUAUCUUUAAGGUCGUUUUCCCUUUGGGCAAUGGGAAGGGGUAGUCCAGCCCUUGCCAAGUCCCACGGGCUGAGCGCUUCACUCGUGUCAUUUCUCAGUCUCUCGCAAAUUGAAUUAGCAAGUCUUUCACCGGCUAAUUCCCUGUCAAAUGACACACUCAACUAUGAAUCUGCUCUAAGUGAGUUGUCACCUGUGAAUCAGCCGGAAUUAGGGCUGCGAGUGAAGGCUCAGCCAAAGUCACCAGGAAUGUUUACAACCUCUGCUAUGCAUGUAUGGUGCAGGUGGACCUAGAGCAACACUGGGCGACCUCUCAGUCAUUAAUAAAAAGUCAACCUCUGUUCCUUAUCGCACGAGCCACUUUUUUUUUUUGUUUUUUUUUUUUUUUUUUUUGUUCUUUAGUCCCCUCUUACCUUUCUUCUUCCUCCUACGUGCCUCCAUCCUUACCUCCUCUCCAAGACGUCCAGAAGGGAAGUCGAGAAAGAGGGUGCGGCUCCCUGAAAACAAGAGAGGCUUGUCCCCGCCCGGAGCUCGCCCGCGCGUGGUGCGGAUGGCUGCCUGACUGUUCCUGCCUUGCUGAGACUCCCGCUCUUGUCCGCCGCAGGCAUUCGCACUACCUGCUGAGUCCCCUUCUCUCUGGUCCAGCUCACGAUGCACUCAAGCUAUGUAUCUUGUGCAAAAAUUAAGAUAAAAUAAAAUAAAAAAAACAGACAAAUACCAUAA